AUGGUGGAUAUUGUGAAAGAUAUGAGGAAUGGUAUUGAGCCUGAGUCUGAUAGGGCGGGAGCGUCUGUGGAGGUUAUCACUGCUGGAAGAGAGAGGUACCAGCUGCAGCUCCAAGACGUGAAGAAACCAUCUCUCUUGUCUUUGCCUGUCAACCACCACAGUCCCCCAGACCAACCCAUAUCUGGGCCCAGCAAGCCUUCAAGUGGAACUAAACGCACUUCAGAUAGAAAUGAAGGGGAGGAGCCUGUCAGCAAGCGCCUGAGAUCAACAUGCACCCGUAUCAGGCGAAAAAAAAUGUAUUGCUAUCAGUCACAGUGUACAAGAAGCUGCAAAUGGUAUAACAAAGGGAAGCUACAAAGUUUGACAAUUCCAGGAGAACUUGAUAGGGGCAAUGGUUUGGAGAUAAGGGAAGUACCUGACAUGUUACCUGAUGAACUUAGACCUAUCGAUGAAGACCCAGAAGACGUGGUGGAUGACUAUUAUGAUCGUCUCUAUGACCUUAUUCCCACAGAAUCUGAGGAGAAUAUGGCUGGACCCUCAAAGCUUCCUGAUGAAGAUGAUGAGGAGUGUAUUGAGGUACCCCAUCCUACUGCAGGCAAGGUGAUUAGGAUGGAUAAAAAAGAUGGAGGAGAGAAUUUGGAGCUGAGGAAAUGGAUGGUGAUAUGGAUAUGGAUUCAGAUACGUCAGAUGGAUCAGGGAACAUUUUUGCACUCUUUGCAUCAGAGCUAG